AUGCACGAGCCGACAUUGUCGCCAAAGCAGGAGGAGCGCGUCCACAUCUUGUUGGCUGACUGCAGCUUGGAGACCGAAGUUCGCCGGUGCUGGGACGAUUUUUGCGAGCACAGCAUUGCGAAAAGUGGCGAUCCAACGCGUGUGCGGCUAGAUGGGCUAGUCUGCAAUGCAGGUGCUUUGGCCAACACAAAGACGAUGACAGCAGAAGGCAUCGAGCUGACGUUUGCUUCACACCUCCUUUUCGGCACAUACCUGCUCGGCAGCCUUGCCAUGCCAGUUUUGGAGGCCACGGAGGGCUCCCGCCUGAUCGUUGUCAGCAGUGGUGGCAUGUACAACACAGCGUUCCCCAAGUGGGAAGACGCUACCUCCACAGGAGCCGCGAAGUAUGAUGGACAGUUUGCCUAUGCAUAUGCCAAGCGCGGGCAGGUGCUUCUUUGUGAGCAAUGGGCCGAGCUUCAUCCCAAGGUGAAAGUGGUCAGUUGCCACCCUGGCUGGACAUCUACUCCGGCUGUGGAUGAAGCCUACGGCUCAAGCAAAUCUUACCUGGAGCCUAUGCGCAAUACAUGGCAGGGUGCCGAAGGCAUAAUUUGGCUUUGUGUGACAGAUGCGAGUGCCAUAGAGCCCGGUGCCUUCUACCUGGACCGGGAGCCUCAGGUCAAGCACAUGGGAGGCAGGUGUUGGGACGUCUUGGGUGGGGUGGCAUGGACGGCCAGCAUUUCCAUUUUCACUCGAGAUUCGCUUCAGCCGGACUUUGCGGAGAGCAUGUUGAAAAUGCGCCUCCCAGUCUAUGCCAAACGAGCUUUCUUCACAGAGGGCACGAUUACCAAGAACUCUCCUGGUGAGGUUGCCGACAUGAUGCGAUUACUUGAGGAUUGGGCCAAUGGCCGCAGGGACACGGAGCUGCGCGUGGCGUCUGCCCCACUGGCUGCGAUGACCAGGCCGAUCGAUCUGGAGCGCUUCAUGGGAACAUGGUACGUCAUUGCGAACAUUCCGACAUUCUUUGACAGAGGCACAACCCACAAUGUAGAGAACUACACGCUGGAUGACGGAGGAAGGGUGGUGCACGUCGACUUCACCUACAGAAAGGCUGGCUCUGGCAAACCAGGGCUCCUACAGCAGCGGGCCGAGGUUGUGAAUGACGCAUGCACGCAGUGGGCCAUCUCACCCAAACUAGGUGUUUUCCUUCCUUUGAGGAUUGCGUAUUUGGUAGCGGACUGUGCAGAGGAUUACUCCACCACUAUCAUCGGAGUGCCCGACAAGUCUUACAUCUGGAUCAUGGCAAGAACGCCGACCGUAGACCAGGCAACCUACGACGCUCUCUUGGCCAAAGCCAGAUCUUUCGGCUACGACACCUCAAGCAUCCUCCGAGUCUCCCAGGAGUGA